AUGGAAGGCUACCUGGAUCACCUGGAGACGACAGGUCCUACAGGUCUACACAAGAAGAUCUGGGCACGUCGCUUUUUCAAGUUAAAUAAAACCUUCCACGUGCUCGAGUUCUUCACGGACGAGACGCAAUACGAACGCAAAGGGAAGCUAGAGCUUUGUGGUGCUACUGUGUUCACUGCAGAUGAACUUGGUGGACUACUGAGUGACGACAAAUCAUCAGUCGAGAUGUCGAGGCGAUUCAUCUUCAGAAUCACAGAGAACGGCAGCAAGAAGCACCACUAUUUGUGUGCCAAUCUCAGUGGCGUUAAGGCUCCAGUUCCACCGACGUACAAACUGGCGUCUUCUACUCGUGAUUAUCUGGAAGAAUGGCUUCGUGCCCUCCGGACAGCGAUUGCUGCUGCAGAUGAUACUCCUCUAUCGGCGGUGACGAUGGGACUGGGUGAGCUUAAUGCACAGAUUGGAACCUUUAUGAAUCACAUGCAUCUCUCGGCUCUUAUCUCGAAUAGAAUCCGCGAGCACGGGCAGUCGAUACACGAAAUCACUGUGAAGGCGUGGAUUUUGGAGCGCGAGCUUGUGGUAGACGAAGAUCAGGAAGAUUACCGCGGCGAAAUGUCCUGGCAGGUACUGGAAUAUUCGUGCGCUUGGAGGAUUCGGAAGUCGACGGCAGAACUGCGAAACUUUGACGAACAAUUGCGACUGCUCUUUGGCUCUAGCGUGCAGAAUCUUGUGUUCCCGUCGAGUUCAUUUGGCAGCAAACUGCAACAGCUUCAUCUUCACACUUCUGCAACUCAAAAGGAGGCUGAGAACCAACAGCGCAUGAAGAUUUACGACGCGUAUCUGCAAUCUCUGUUGCGCUUACCUGCAUUUUCGUCUUUUGGUAGCGACGCUAGCACAAUGCUGGAUACCUUUCUUGAUAUUUCUCCUCAUCUCACACCCUUCCGCAAAUUGGAGAAGGAAAUUGGACAGAGCAUGCACCUCCGUGAUCGCAAAGUGGUACCGUGGAAAGACCGUGAGCGUUUCGAGAUGCUCUAUAAGAUGCACCUUCAGGUUAUUGCUACCCAAGAGGAGAAUUCUCGUCGUGUUCAGACGGAGUAUCUCCGCAAAAAGUCUGACACGAGUCAUCGCCACCGACACAGUCGCCACCGUUCUAGUAAAGAGAGGAAUUAUUCAGAAGCUGAGGAAUUCGCUCCUGUGCCUGUGGACUUCUACGUCGCUCCUCUACCAGCGCCAACGACGGCAACUGAGGAGUCCCGCCCCGGCGAAGCUGUUCAAAAACGUAUUGCCCGAAUCGGCCACCGCCUUGUGGUUGAAGCAUUUGAAGCGUAG